AUGGGGUAUUUCACGUUAGGAGUAGCCGCUCUAGCGGGCCUGGUGAAUGCUCAGGUGCUGCCGACAAUAACUAUCUCGCCUUUCCUCACCUCUACAACAUCUAGCUCCACGACUACCGGGACAGCAGCGGUAGCCUCCGCAACGGCUUCUGUUGCUGCUGCGCAAACGCAUACUAUUGCCGUCGGAGCGUCUGGAUUUGCAUUUUCACCGGCGAAGACGGAAGCCAACUUUGGAUUUCCUUGCACGCCAUACGAGUACAUCGACAUUGGUCGUGAGGGCUUCUACAGCGGAAACCAGUCGGUCAAGGCCAUUACGAAUGAUAUGCCACGAUAUAGACUUCGCGUCAAUGACACCCUUCCGAUCUUCUACUACUGUGGUGCUCCUGGUUCAUGCUACAAAGAGAAGAUGAUCGGUGUUAUCAACGAGAACUCAACCCAGACCCUCGACAAACAGCUCGAAGCAGCCCUCCCACUGACCACCCAGAUUAUUCCUGGCGAACCCUUCCCGACUGAAUCAGAUGCACCAAAGGCAACCAGCGGCGGCUCCAAUAACGGCGCCAUCAUCAACAACUACCAUCACAGUGUGAGCGGCGGCCAAAUCGCCGGUAUCGUGAUCGGCUCUCUAGCUUUCCUCCUCCUGGGAGGCCUGUUGGUAUACUUGUGCGGCCGACGAGGCGGCAUCAAUCGCGCGUAUAAGAGAACCUCUACCGCGUACCAGGCACCUUCCACUGCCCCAUCCCAGCCCGUGGUCACGGAGCUCAACUACUCGAUGCAACCCAAGAGUCCAUCAACUCAAGGAUGGAGAAACAGUCACUACAGUAACUUCAGCGGUCCCUACCGUGAUCACGCCACUCCGACGGCCCAGUUCUCCCCUCAACUGAGCCCCCAACCUACCGGAUUCACACAUCCUGUUAACGGCAUGCAGACCUACCACGAUCACCGGAUCUCGUCUAUAGCUCCUAGCGUCGUCGUCGAAGCCCCGGAUAACCAGGCGACAACUCCUGCUGCGGCCCCUGCUGCACCCGCCGCUACGCCAGUCGAGCUGCCAACGGCGAGAGACUCGGGUAACUCUCCACCACCCAGAUACAUGCCACGUUUCUCAUUCGCAGAGCAGGAAAGUGAAUACCGACCAUCGACAAAGGAGUGA